AUUACCGUCGACAUCGCGGUGCUGGCAGGUCAACUGUGUCCUGGUUCCGGAAAGCCUCAUAUCUCGUAUCUUAAAGUAUCCCGGUUAAGCCUUAAAGAGUGAAAUGAUUGCCUAGAUGAUUGCUGCAUUACUGGCACUCAAUUAACCCAAGUGUACCAGACAACAAUUACAUUUGUAUUUUUAAAGUUCAAUAGCAAGGAUGACAACCUCGAUGCAGCCGAGCAAGUACACGGGCCUGGUCGCCGACCUGAUGCCCAACAUCCGGGCGAUGAAGUACUCCGGCCUGUUCAUGCACAACUUCACGGGCGGCAGUGCCUUCAUGAAGAAGGUGUACUCCUCCGUGCACCUGGUGUUCCUCCUCAUGCAGUUCACCUUCAUCCUGGUCAACAUGGCCCUGAACGCCGAGGAGGUCAACGAGCUGUCGGGCAACACGAUCACGACCCUCUUCUUCACCCACUGCAUCACGAAGUUUAUCUACCUGGCUGUUAACCAGAAGAAUUUCUACAGAACAUUGAAUAUAUGGAACCAGGUGAACACGCAUCCCUUGUUCGCCGAGUCGGAUGCUCGUUACCAUUCGAUCGCACUGGCGAAGAUGAGGAAGCUGUUCUUUCUGGUGAUGCUGACCACAGUCGCCUCGGCCACCGCCUGGACCACGAUCACCUUCUUUGGCGACAGCGUAAAAAUGGUGGUGGACCAUGAGACGAACUCCAGCAUCCCGGUGGAGAUACCCCGGCUGCCGAUUAAGUCCUUCUACCCGUGGAACGCCAGCCACGGCAUGUUCUACAUGAUCAGCUUUGCCUUUCAGAUCUACUACGUGCUCUUCUCGAUGAUCCACUCCAAUCUAUGCGACGUGAUGUUCUGCUCUUGGCUGAUAUUCGCCUGCGAGCAGCUGCAGCACUUGAAGGGCAUCAUGAAGCCGCUGAUGGAGCUGUCCGCCUCGCUGGACACCUACAGGCCCAACUCGGCGGCCCUCUUCAGGUCCCUGUCGGCCAACUCCAAGUCGGAGCUAAUUCAUAAUGAAGAAAAGGAUCCCGGCACCGACAUGGACAUGUCGGGCAUCUACAGCUCGAAAGCGGAUUGGGGCGCUCAGUUUCGAGCACCCUCGACACUGCAGUCCUUUGGCGGGAACGGGGGCGGAGGCAACGGGUUGGUGAACGGCGCUAAUCCCAACGGGCUGACCAAAAAGCAGGAGAUGAUGGUGCGCAGUGCCAUCAAGUACUGGGUCGAGCGGCACAAGCACGUGGUGCGACUGGUGGCUGCCAUCGGCGAUACUUACGGAGCCGCCCUCCUCCUCCACAUGCUGACCUCGACCAUCAAGCUGACCCUGCUGGCAUACCAGGCCACCAAAAUCAACGGAGUGAAUGUCUACGCCUUCACAGUCGUCGGAUACCUAGGAUACGCGCUGGCCCAGGUGUUCCACUUUUGCAUCUUUGGCAAUCGUCUGAUUGAAGAGAGUUCAUCCGUCAUGGAGGCCGCCUACUCGUGCCACUGGUACGAUGGCUCCGAGGAGGCCAAGACCUUCGUCCAGAUCGUGUGCCAGCAGUGCCAGAAGGCGAUGAGCAUAUCGGGAGCGAAAUUCUUCACCGUCUCCCUGGAUUUGUUUGCUUCGGUUCUGGGUGCCGUCGUCACCUACUUUAUGGUGCUGGUGCAGCUCAAGUAAGUUGCUGCGAAGCUGAUGGAUUUUUGUACCAGAAAAGCGAAUGCCAAGAAGCCACCUACCGCCCCUUGCCCCCUCCGCACUGUGCAACCAGCAAUAUCACAGAGCAAUUAUAACGCAAAUUAUAUAUUUUAUACCUGCGACGAGCGAGCCUCGUGGGGCAUAAUGGAGACAUUCUGGGGCACAUAGAAGCCUGCAAAUACUUAUCGAUUUUGUACACGCGUAGAGCUUUUAAUGUAAACCCAAGAUGCAAACUAAAUAAAUGUGUAGUG